AUGCCUGGAUGUCCCUGCCCUGGCUGUGGCAUGGCGGGCCAAAGGCUCUUCUUUCUCACUGUUCUUGCCCUGGAGCUCAUGGGAAGGGCUGGGGCUUCCCAGUCAGGCCUCCAGAGCCGGGGGGCUGCAGCGGCCUGUCGCCUGGACAACAAGGAAAGCGAGUCCUGGGGGGCCCUGCUGAGCGGGGAAAGGCUGGACACCUGGAUCUGCUCCCUCCUGGGUUCACUCAUGGUGGGGCUCAGUGGGGUCUUCCCGCUGCUCCUCAUUCCCCUGGAGAUGGGGACCAUGCUGCGCUCAGAAGCUGGGGCCUGGCGCCUGAAGCAGCUGCUCAGCUUUGCCUUGGGGGGACUUUUAGGCAAUGUGUUUCUGCACCUGCUGCCCGAGGCAUGGGCCUACACCUGUAGCACCAGCCCUGGUGGCAAGGGGCAGAGCCUACAGCAGCAACAGCAACUGGGGUUGUGGGUCAUUGCUGGUUUCCUGACCUUCCUGGCCUUGGAGAAGAUGUUCCUGGACAGCAAGGAGGAGGAGGGGACCAGCCAGGCCCCCAGCAAAAACCCCACUGCUGCUGCUGCCGCGCUCAAUGGAGGCCGUUGUCUGGCCCAGCCGGCUGCAGAGCCCGGCCCGAGUGCUGUGGUCCGGAGCAUCAAAGUCAGUGGCUACCUCAACCUGCUGGCCAACACCAUUGACAACUUCACUCACGGGUUAGCUGUGGCCGCCAGCUUCCUUGUGAGCAAGAAGAUCGGGCUCCUGACUACCAUGGCCAUCCUCCUGCAUGAGAUUCCCCAUGAGGUGGGCGACUUUGCCAUCCUGCUGCGGGCCGGCUUUGACCGAUGGAGCGCAGCCAAGCUGCAGCUCUCGACAGCUCUGGGGGGCCUGCUGGGCGCCUGCUUCGCCAUCUGCACACAGUCUCCCAAGGGAGUAGAGGAGACAGUGGCCUGGAUCCUGCCCUUCACCUCUGGCGGCUUCCUCUAUAUUGCCCUGGUGAAUGUGCUGCCAGACCUCUUGGAGGAAGAUGACCCAUGGCACUCCCUGCAGCAGGUGCUCCUGCUCUGCAUGGGCAUCGUGGUGAUGGUGCUGUUCUCACUCUUUGUGGAGUAAUCAUCCCCGAAGCCCCCACCCCCACACAGCAAUAAGAGACUUGAUUCACUCUGUGACUGUGUAUGUGAGAGGCAGAGAGGAUGAGUGCCUGUGAGAGCAAGCGAGGGGGCAUGUGUGUGGCGUGCACGUGUGGCCAGAGGUGUGUAUGCGUGAGACCAACACUGUGAUCCCUGUGUGCCUGCCCCUGCUACACUGUGGUCUUCUCUCCUUGCCACCCUGCCAUCUCGCACCUCCCGGAGUAAGCAGUGAGGAACAGCAGCAUUGGUCCCAAGCAGAGGUCUGCCUCACUAGGACCCUGCCUCAGUGGUAUCCCAAAGGGGAGAGAGUGGCCCAAGGAACCCAGGAUUGGAGGGAACCCCACAGCU